GUAACAGUAGCGGCAGUAACAACACGAGCUCUUAAGAGAGUAGACACACCUCUCUCUCCUCGUCCCUUAACGCUGGACACAUUGAAAAUAAGUGUUCAUAUAAUACAAUCACGUGCUAUCAUUGGUAAUUCUUAUACACGUACACUUUACCAAAUAAACAUCAUAUUAAUUCGUCAAACACACGAAGCCAGGAGCAAGCAUUGAAAAGAAGAGCGAGAGGAUCAAGUAAUUAGUGUGUCUCUGUGAAGUGGAAUGAGUAAUUAAGAAAGAUACAUUAUAAUAUCACGUCCACAGGAAACCGGAUGAAAAGUGAGAUUACAAGUGAUAAUAAUUCAAGGAAAACGUGAACAAAUUUGACUCCUAAGAACGCAUGAUGACGUGAGUGCUGUCACGAGGUUAUGUUCUUAAGACACAUCCUGCUGGGAGGGGCUGAGGAUGAGUAGGACGUGACAGAAGAGAAAAUAACUUCAUUCAAAUCUCACGACCACAGUUAAUAACGCUGAACAAAAAUUACGACGCUAGAAGAGUAAAACGUAUUGCAAAAGUGAGAUAAGUGACGUGUAAAAGGUGUGUGCAUGUAAAGAGCGUAAAAGAAGAGAAAAUAACUUCAUUCAAAACUUGCGACCACAAAUAAUAACUUUGAACAAAAAUUACGACGCUAGAAGAGUAAAACGUAUUGCAAAAGUGAGAUAAGUGAAGUGUUAAAGGUGUGUGCAUGUAAAGAGCGUAAAAGAAGAGAAAAUAACUUCAUUCAAAACUUGCGACCACAAAUAAUAACUUUGAACAAAAAUUACGACGCUAGAAGAGUAAAACGAAUCGCAAAAGUGACAUAAAAGAGAAUUGUAAGGAGAGAGCAUGUGUAUAUUAAGGGCGUAAAAGAAGAGAAAAUACCACAAAUAAUAACUUUGAACAAAAUUUACGACGCUAUAAAAGUAAAACGUAUUGCAAUAGUGACGUAAGUGAAGUGCAAGGAAUGUGAAGGCAAGAUAAGACUGUAGUGCUGCGUUACUGAAAUAGAAAAAUAAAUAAAAAAAACGCGGAUACUAACGUCUUGGAAGCGUGGCGUAAGUGUGUGAGAGAAUGACCCGCUGAUAGGCCUCCACGCACCCCCCCUCCUCCCCCUCCUGCCCGCCGCCAGGGAUGCUGUCGAGGCUGUGGUUGGCGGCGUGCUGGUGCUGGGGCGGCGCGGGAAGCGAGCCGUGGUGAUGAGCAGGGGAAUGUGGCAAUGAGAAGAGAGAAGGAAAGCUAAAGAUAUCGACGUCAUGUCGAUCGUGGAGUCGUCCCUCACCAUCGCGACGCAGCUAUGGAUGUCUCACGUGGUGCGCGGCUUCCUCAGCGGGAGGGUCGGGAACGAGCUGCUCAGGUGCUGCCUCCUCGAGAUGGUGGCCGCCGCCGAGAUGUGUGGAGUCUCCUUUGAACUGUCCUUCGUCAACGCACACUUCGGCAUCUGGGCGUGGAGCUUCUGCGUGUUCCUGCUCAUCAUGUGGCGGGAGCGGAGUUGGGCCGGCACAAGCGCCUGCCCCUACACCCUCCUGGAGCAGUACGUGGAGGGCGGGACGCGGCCCUUCCACGUCUUUCUCAAAAUACUUUGCCAACUCUCCGGAGCUAUGGUCUCCUGUAGGUGGGUGAGGCGGCUGUGGAUGGCGGAGGCGAAGGCGACUCACGUGGCGGAGUGUUCGGCUGACCUGCAGGUGCCUGUGGUGCUUGGCUUCCUGAUCGAGGCGCUGCUGACCUGCGCCUGCCGCCUCUGCUCCAGAACUCUCGGGGAACUCCAGCCAAAGUUUGCGUCCGCCAUUGACUCAUUCUUUACCACCGCCAUGGUGAUCCUCGCCUUCAACUACUCCGGUGGCUACUUCAACCCCGUGCUGGCGACGGGCCUCAAGUGGAGCUGCCGCGGCCACACCCACGCCGAGCACAUCGUGGUGUACUGGGCCGGCUCUAUCCUGGGCGCCAUGCUGUCCCUGCGGGUGUGGACUACGCCUUCCCUUAAGAACGCCAUCCUCGCGCCCUUCAAGCCCAAGACAAAGUACCAGUGAGGCUGCUCGACGUGCAGGCGCAGCAGACCACGGAGUGUGAACAAAGGUCACAGGGAUGCACAUCCUUUUGAAAACCAGACUGUAAUUCAAUGUUGCUGAAGCUAACUAACUUCAUGUGCAGAAUCCCAGGGGAACAAUAAGAAGGCCGUGGCAGUUACACCCCCCUACACUAAAGGGAAUGACUCACACUAAGGCGUAAUUCUUUACACUUUAGUUACUGGUCUUCUCUAGUCGAAGGGUUUGGGUAGGUGCUUGAAUGACGUAACGUAAACAAAGCGAAAUUUGUUGCCAGCUGAUCUGCCACCUUUCAAAUACUGUGCUUUUCUCUUCAGAGUUCUUCUAUAGCAGGUAAGACAAUGGUUGGUUAUAAUUUUCGUGGCCCCUUUAUAGUUGGCUGCAAUGCUUUAUUCUCAACUAUACAAGACAGCUAUGAGCAAUGAGCCACCAGUCAAGAAACACCGCACGGCAGGCAGCAGCUACAAGAGGCACGGCUCAAAUCAUCUCUGUUCACCACCUGCUGCCGUGCUGGAAGAGAAUGCUGCUUACAGUACAACCAAGGAGAAAACCAACGACCCUCGGCUUUUUAACACGACUUACUGCUUUUGGUGACAACAGUGCAAUAUAUUUUAUAACCUCCAGAUAUUUUAAGAAAUCUGAGUGCCUUGCCUAUGUAAACACAUUAUUUUUGUGAAAUUAUGAUAAGUACAUAGUUUUUCUUUGUCCAGGUACUAACUGGGCAACCAAUUAGCAUUAGGUGUUGACUAACAUAUACAGAGCAAGAGAUAUCACUCACAUCCCUUGGGGAAACAUCAUUCAGUUCGCCACUAAUCGCCUCACAAGAUCAUUAUUACCACGAGUCAUUAUCACCUUAUAAAUAUGUAUAUCCAUAUAAAGGUAAAAAGAAAGCUACGUGGAGCUCA